UCAAUUAUUCACGUCUGCUCCGCACGGAAAAAUAAGGGUUGCUAGCUUCCGUGUGACAAUCAGUAUAGAAAGCAGUGUGUAAUGUUCAUCAAACAGUGUGUAGUGUGUCAGUGUGUAACAUCUUUUCUCUUUUCAUCAAGCAAAAAUCGAUCAACGUGUCGUGUGGAAACCACCAGGAUCCAUAAAUAGCUCUUACCAUGAACGCUCGAAUAUGGACGAGAUGUGGUGAGACUGGUUCUAUAAAAAGAAUUAGCCUGCGCCUAACGUUCAAAGCGGUGAGGUCAUAAGACAUGCGCAGACUGUAUGGGAAAUCCCCGCGGAAACUCUCCAACACUCCAUGAUUAGCUAACACAAGUCACGUGGUUCGGGACUUUCCCAUGGAGUCGGUGCUUUCCAGAUUAUUUUGGAUCCCAAAUGAUGAACGUUUGAUAAACCCGAAUAGGGUUUUCUGUCUGUUCUUCUUAUAAAUCAGUACAUCUACUUCGAGGAAACAAGAAAAUGACAUUUUUCGUUCUAACAUGGAUUCAUUCCAAACAUUGUGCUGACGGUUUGUAUUGAGUCGCAAUAACCAACAUGGAGGCAUCCAUAGCGACCUACUUUUCUUCGUUAUUCGCGUAGCUUACCAACAAUUUACCACGCAUUCAACAUGGACGAAAAGGAACAGCGAGACCGUAUGGCGGCUGCUGAGGCUCUGUUUAUGAUAUCUACUCGGUCAGAGAAAAACAUAAUAAAUCAGCCUACGAGAAUAUCUCACAGAGGUCGAAGAAAAAAAUCCCCAGACCCACCCGAAACUGUCUUUAUCGACGAAGGAUUGACAAACACUUACGAAAGUGCACCUAAACGGGGUCGAGGGAGAGGAAGGGGUGGACGCGGUCGUGGUGGUGAUGGUGGUAAAAGAAGAGGCAGGGGCACAGAAGCGUCCUCCAACUCUAAGAGGGGAGGAAAGACAGGGCGUGGUAAAUCCAACUCUGCUAAGGGCAAGCAACACUUUGAUGAGUAUGAAGAAAAUGGUGCAGAGAUGAUGGAGACAGAUAUUGAAUUACACAGUGAAAUCAGUGUCCCACACCCUGCUGUUGGUAUGAACUCAAAAAGCAAAAGGAAGAACAAGAGAGCUAGCUCGUCACCAAAAGCGAGUAUUUCGUCUUCUAUAAAGACAGAAGACACGGAAAAUCAAGACGCUUCAGUGGAAGGGCAUGCUGUUGGUUUUACAGGCGCUCAUAUCGAUAUUCCCAUCCAAAAGUCGCCAAGCACAAACCACCCUCCUCACCUUCCUUCUCAGAAUCUUCCAAGCCUGAGUCUGGUGCCAGGGUUCAGACAGGUGAGCCUACUGUCCCGCCAACUGUCCGGGGGUUCGACCCUCCCGUCCUCCAGCCUCAGCCUUCUGUCCCAGCCCAUGGAGGUGAACCUGCCUUCCAUCCCGCUGGAGCUGAGCACGCUACGCCUCUCCUCCGACCCCACGCCCAACCUCUCCUCGCUGGAGCUCAAGGAGGAGGUGAUGGACGAGGAGCAGAGGAUCAACGCGGACAAGUCGCUCCCGCUGAAGAAGAGGAGGAAGAUGCAGCAGAGCAACGUGGAGACCACAGAGCACAAGUCCACACCUUCCCCGCAGCCAGCCUCCGUGUCCGACUCAGAGGAAGUGGGUGAUCCCCCAUCCCCCCCGUCGGCCCCUGUAAGGACCAGCUUCACUGUGCAGGCCCCGCCCGUCAUCACCAUGCAGACGCUCAUGGAGAUCAAGACGGCGCUCACCGCUGACGAGGACGGAGACCUGCCCCUGCACAUCGCGGUAGUCCACGAGAACAUGCGCAUGGUGAACAAGCUCAUCUGUCUGAUGAAAAUAGCUGGCAAAGGUGUGGACAAGUUCAACAAGCAGCAACAGGAGUGACGCCGCUACACACGGCCGUUGACAACGCUGACCUGUCGCAGGUACAACUGCUGCUGGCACAUGGUGCGGAGAUUGACAUGACGGACGGUAAGAGCGGUCGCACGGCGCUGUUCCGCGCGGCUGAGAGCAACCAGAAGCUGAUGGUGGAGCUGCUGCUGCGCAAAGGAGCCAACCCCGACAUCCACAACUACGCCGGGGUCACGUGCGCCAUGGCCGCUCAAGGUCGCAACCUCCACGGCGUGCUCAAGCUGCUGGGGUCGGUGGCCACUGACUACAUGGACUAUCACACCAAGAUGGCCGUGCUCUCUGUCGAGGCCAAGCCGACGGUGUACAUGAACGUCCCAGGCUCUCCGACCCCCUCGGUGAUCAGGGGAGACAAAUUGUUCCCGCUAGUGACGCAGCAGUUGCAGGACGAGGACGGUCAGCAGGUGCGAGAGCCGCAGCAGCGGGCGAUUGUGUCGGCCGCCGCCCCUGUUACAGAGGUCAGCACGCCGCGGGAGACGCGCGUCUACCACAAUGUGUUUGUCGUGUCGCAGGUCAACAAAGGUGAGAUGCGGCCCUCAUUGUCCGAGCCAGCGUCGCCCGACAGCUCCCAAGGCCCCAGUCCCUCCUCCAGCACACCAGCCACCGCCCGACACGCCCUUACUACCGGAGGACUCCUCUCCCUCCCCGAGGUCUCCCUCUUCUCCUCCGCCCGCCUCACCUCCUCUCCGCGCCUCUUCUCCUCCUCCUCCCCCCGCAGCGGACCCUCCUCCCCUCAGAUCAUGUUACAGCCCGGAUCGCCGCUGCCCGCAAGAGUUAUGGUUCUUCCCUCUAAGAUUGGCGCGAGACCGAUGAGCACAGCCCGCAGCCCGGUGGAGAAGAUGGACAUGUCCGGACCGCCCGCUGCCCAACCGCUGCCACACCGACCUCGGCCGCCCCCACCACCACCAGCUCAGCCGGAACAGCGAGUGUCCAGCACCUCCUCUCCCCGGGGGGUCAUCGACAAGCCGGCCGACUCCUCCUCCUCCUCCCCGACCCUCGCACCACCUCUUCGGAUGACCUCAUCGCCUGCUGCCAGCGUCGACAGCCCCGCCUCUGCAUCGCCCUCGGGGCGUCUCACCUCCCCGAACAAUUCUCCGGCGGCUGUCGACAAGGUGACCUUGACGGGAAUCCAGGCCCGGCUGUACCAGAGGCUGCUGGAACACAUGCACAGCAUCGACUCCUCGCAGCCAGCUGCCGGCCCCGCGAAACUCGCCGUGGCAGGGGGUGUCGGGGGCGCUACUGCGGGAGGGGUUGGACAACGGAGCAUUCUCCACCCCCCUUCCUCCACCGCCCUCUCCUCCUCCUCGUCCUCCUCGCGGAUUUCUACGCUUCCCACGCCCCGCGGUCUCACUCUCAGCGACGUCGGUGGUGGUGUUGCAAAAGUUAUCGGCAGUGGUCUUGGUGGUGUCCCCUCUCGUGUGGUUCAGGCCGGCCCCCGUCUUCGCGCGCCGCUCACCCGGAAAGUGGCGAGUCCCGAGGUGAUAGAGGCGGGCGCGGUGAGGAAAGCCUACGUCGUGCCGACUCCGACCUACGCCGCCGCCGGCCGCCCGAAAGCCGCAAGGAGUCCGGCUGCCGUCACGCCGCGGUAUUCCUCGCCACCCAGCAACCCCGACGUGCCCCUUAACCUCUCCUCCAAGCCCGCUAUGGCCUCCGGUCUAAGCUCGGUCCCCGACUUGAGAACCGACAUCGGCCUCCUUCCCAGCAGUCCCGUCCCCGGCGAGUCUCACGCAGCAGGCUCGCAUGUUAUUUCGAUCGGCUUACGUCGGGCCAGCGUUGAGGGGACGGCGGCCUCCGCUACAGUGGUAGCCGCUCCGGUCGGCGUAGCAGCAGGAGGAGGGAGGCUGUCCCAGUACAAGAUGCUUCUCCCGCAGUCUUCCUCCUCCUCGUCGCCGUUAGUGGGGGGCGACAACCACAGCGUGCAGGACUGGGGUUCAAACACCAGCGUGGUCAUGGUGGAGGAGAGGGGCGUGGUCUCCAGCUUUCCACACAUCACCAAGUCGGUGUCGCCCAAGACGGCUCAUCUCGUGCACUCCUUGCUCUCCAGGAAACAGCAGCAGCAGCAGUCGGUUGCCGCUCACCCAGGCUCCUCCUCCUCCUCCCCUCUCUCGUUCGUCUCCGUAGCGCCCGAUAACACUCCACGCCCACCCUCGUCGUCCUCCG